GGAACGAUGUCAGGGAAGGGUGCCAAGGGGUAUAUAAUGGGGAGAUCGGCGGGUCUCCAUAAUGAUAAAGACAAGAAGAAGCCCGUCUCUCGAUCAUCUCGUGCUGGCCUCCAGUUUCCAGUUGGUCGUGUCCAUCGGUUGCUGAAGUCUAGAAUUGCGGCAAAUGGACGGGUUGGGGCCACAGCUGCCGUUUACACUGCAGCCAUUCUGGAGUACCUAACUGCAGAAGUGUUGGAGCUGGCUGGCAAUGCAAGCAAGGAUUUGAAGGUGAAGCGUAUAACGCCAAGACAUCUACAACUCGCCAUACGUGGUGACGAAGAACUCGACACCCUCAUCAAGGGAACCAUAGCUGGAGGAGGAGUCAUCCCCCACAUCCACAAAUCUCUCAUCAACAAAUCAACAAAAGAUUGAUUAAACCCACAACAUUCUUUUGCUGCUGCCAAAAUGCCUGUCUUUUCCCAAACAUCUAAAAUCAUUUUGUAUCUAGCGUGU